AACUCUUGUAUAUGUCUAUAGUGAGCCAAGAUGGGCGCCUACAAGUACAUCCAGGAGCUCUGGAGGAAGAAGCAGUCGGACGUGAUGCGAUUCCUCCUGCGAGUGCGCUGCUGGCAGUACCGCCAGCUCUCGGCCCUGCACCGGGCUCCGCGGCCCACUCGGCCGGAUAAGGCGCGCAGGCUGGGCUACAAGGCCAAGCAGGGUUAUGUCAUCUACCGCAUUCGGGUGCGCCGUGGUGGUCGCAAACGGCCCGUGCCCAAGGGGGCGACCUAUGGCAAGCCCGUGCAUCAUGGUGUUAACCAGCUCAAGUUUGCCCGGAGUCUUCAGUCUGUGGCUGAGGAACGAGCUGGACGCCACUGUGGGGCUCUGAGAGUGCUGAAUUCUUACUGGGUUGGUGAAGAUUCCACAUACAAAUUCUUCGAGGUUAUCCUCAUCGAUCCAUUCCAUAAGGCUAUCAGAAGAAAUCCCGAUACCCAGUGGAUCACAAAGCCAGUCCACAAGCACAGGGAGAUGCGAGGGCUGACUUCCGCAGGCCGCAAGAGCCGUGGUCUUGGAAAGGGUCACAAGUUCCACCACACUAUCGGUGGCUCUCGUCGUGCAGCUUGGAGAAGGCGCAAUACUCUCCAGCUCCACCGUUACCGCUAAAAAGUAACAUUUGUAAAAGUCUAAUAAACAGUUUAGGACAGUCA